AUGUUUCCUCAGGUUCUGUGUAAAGUUGUGUUACAGUCAGUUGUUGUUGGUCGCUGUGUGACUCGCGCCGCUGCUACACACACACGGACACACACCCCGGCUCUGCUCGUCCGCUGCUUCUCGGACCGGAAGGAACAAGUCGGACCGAAGAUCGACGAGGCUCUGCUGCAAGUCCUCGUCUGUCCCCUGUCCAAGAAACAGCUGAGAUACGAGGCUGAGACCAACGAGCUGAUCAACGACGAGCUCGGCAUCGCGUACCCGAUCCUGGACGGGAUCCCCAACAUGAUCCCUCAGGAGGCCCGACUGAUCCAGAAAGACUCCGACGCCUCCGAGUAG